GGGAGGAAGAGAGACGCAUAUAGAAAGUUGAUAAUAAGAAUAGAGGUAAUUUAUCAAAUAACGAGGUACAAAGCGGGUCAUGGAAAGAGAUGAGAUUUGUCAAUAUUUUAGUGGCAUCAUUAAAGAUGAGAAAGACAUCUCUGCAGGAAUGGCUGCUAUAUGUACAUUGUUAAAAGUGUUAGAGCAUUCAGAAUCUGAAACUGUACAAGAGUUGCGGUAUUGUUUACAAAAUGCAGUGGAUUCAAUGAGGUCAACUGAUCAUCCAGUGACUGCUAUUGCUUCGGGUAGUGAACUUUUUUUGAGAUUUAUAACAUUGGCAACUUUGGAUACUCCAUCAUUUGCAGAAUGUAAGGGAAUCAUGAUUCAUAGAGGAAAGUUAUUUUAUGAAAAAUUAGUUGCAGCUAGGGGAAAAGUUGCUAAGUUAGCAGCACAAUUUAUUACAGAUGGUUCAAAAAUUUUGACACAUUCUAAAUCAAGAGUCGUACUACAAACUAUGAAAGAAGCUGUUGUAAGCAAUAAAAUCUUUGAAGUAUACGUUACAACUUCAUCUCCAGAUAACAGUGGGGUGGAAAUGUUUGAAAACUUAACUAAACUCGGGGUAUCUUGUACACUAAUUCUUGAUUCUGCUGUGGGUUAUGUUAUGGAACAAGUUGAUAUGGUCAUGGUUGGAGCUGAAGGUGUAGCAGAAAGCGGUGGAGUAAUUAAUAAGGUUGGAACUUAUACAAUGGCAAUGUGUGCUAAAGAAGUAAAAAAACCAUUCUACGUAUUAACUGAAAGUUUUAAAUUCGCUAGAAUAUAUCCAUUAAAUCAAGUCGAUCUUCCUAACGAAUUUAAGUACACAGCAAGUACACUGAAAAAAGAUUUGAAGAAGGAACAUCCAUUAGUUGAUUACACUCCUCCUUACUUUAUCAAUCUUUUGUUUACGGACUUAGGUAUUCUAACACCUUCAGCUGUUAGUGACGAACUUAUUAAACUUUAUUUAUGAAAUUCAAAUAUAUGUGUUUGCAUCAAUCCUAUCUCUUAUGAGGGAAAUACUCUUACAACUUUUUAAGUGGAUUACAUGUAUAUGCAGAAUACAAAUGUUAAAUCAAUGUUUAUAACUAUAAAUAAACUCGACAUUUUAUAUAUUUUAAAUAA